AAAAGAACAAAUGUGGCUAGUCGAAAGAAUGCAAAUGACAGUGGGCGAACAACACGAAGCCGUAUUGGUAUAAAGCGCGGAGUAUACAAUACAUACGACCGUGCGACCGUAUGACUACCCGCCGGAAACUCUGAAAUUUUUUAAAUAAAAAAAAAAUAAAACCAUGAGUGGGGAGAAGCAACCAGUUACGCUACUUCAGUUUGGCAUUAUACCUCUUUAAGCUAUGUCGUAAAGUUUUAUAGCCUUUUUUUUUUUUUUUUUUUCCCCCCUUUUUGCUGCUUGCCCCACCGCGUGCCAAUGUCGAUCGUUACAAAUGUCGAAAUUGAGAAGAAGUUCUUUGACUUCUACGAGGGGGACAAAAACGUUUUUUAUUCAAAGGAGCACGAGCUGUACUUAAGUCUGUGUGGUGAUAACGUGUACUGCUUUAAGAUAAAUGAAUGGGAGGGCAGCAGCAGAAGCAGUAGCAGCUUUAACAUUUACAAUGCUAUGCACCCCACGUGCGUCCUGGAGUCCUCCGUCGACAUUGAUGACGUGAAGGAGACUUACCAUAAGAGGUACCUUAACAGGCAUUGCGUAUCUUUGUUCAGUUCUAUACGACUCCUGCACUACGCUGACGGAAGUGUGUUUCUCUCGACGGACGACAAUAAGAUACAUCACUAUGUGCUACGUCUGAAGGAUGCGUCGACGAAGGGGGAUGAGCAACAUGGCGACAAUGAAGAGAAUGGCCAUCCAAAUGGAGAUUUAAAUGGCGAAGGGACAGAGAGUGGAGACAGGAACGAUAUAUACCUGUAUGAUGAAGCGGAAGAGGAGGACAAGGGGGCAUACUCAUACUGCUACAACUGGGUUCACUUAAAGGAAAAGAAAAUUUGGAAGUCGCAGAAUGUGGUUGUAACCUGCUUUGGAUACUCUCACGAAGGAGGCAAGCAGUUACUCGUCGGCUACAUCAAUGGGUUAGUUAACGUUUAUAAUUUAGGCUCCUAUAAGUUAAAAUAUUCCUACCGAAUACACAACAGUCGAAUUACCAAUUUGAGGAUGUAUCGAAAUUUUAUCAUCAGCUCCGAUGUGACAAAGAAUGUUUUCAUUUAUGACUUUGCCAAGGGGGAGAAGGUCGCGGCGUGCGAGGAUCACAUGAGUGGCGUCGUUGACUUUCUCUUCUUGGCCGUGCAGGGAGGGGUAGCAGCGGAGGGGAAAGCGGUGGAGGAGCCAGCGGCGGAGGAAGCAGCGGCAGAGGAAGCAGCAGCAGAGGAAGCAGCGGCGGAGGAAGCAGCAGCAGAGGAAGCAGCGGCGGAAGAAGCAGCGGCGGAGGAAAAGCUGAUCGGGUUCAUCACCGUCGGCAAUGACAAAAUCAUGAACGUGUGGGACCUGAGCCUCCUGAACGCGGAGGACGAAGAAGAAUUCAACGCCCUGAAGAACCAGUACAAUACUAAGAAGAAAAAAAAGAAAAGCCGAAACAGCGGCGUAGUUUCGCUUAGCCCCAUAAAGCAAAUAUACCUAGUGAACGAUAUAAACCACGCGCUGGUAAUUCCGUCGAGCAUCUUCAAAAGCAAAAAAAGCAAGUUAAUAAUAAAAGAUGAAAAUGUAAAAUGGUUAAUCCUAACGCAUGAUGAGGAAGGAAACUUCAUUUUUUACAACCCAUUAAAGGCAGAAAUCAUUUUCAAAUUUAAAGAAAAUGAAGCGUUAGUUAACCAAAGUAAUGUACUCAAAUUUAUUCUUAUAAAAAAUAAAUUACAUGUGUUUAGGGAGGAUAGUUCUCUGUUAAUUUAUGACCUGCGUGUUUUCAAGUUGGUACGAAAUUACACCUGCAGAAUUGAGGGCAUAUUUGAAAUGCUCUUGUUAAAUUCUGCAUCCAGGGGGGAAGAGGCAUGUGGCGACUCCCCAAGUGGUGAGGACGAAUUGGCACUGGAGGACGCGUCACAUGGCAGUCGAGAGCAAAACCAGUUUGCGGUCCUCACAGGGGAUAACAUAAUUCGAAUUUUAAAUUUUGAGGAAAAUCUCAUCAAGCAGACGCUACUCAUAGGCCAUGAAGACGUCGUGUCAUGCAUAAAGGUGAGCGAAAAAAACCAACUGCUGUUUAGCGGGUCCAAUGAUAAGAGCAUUUUCGUGUGGAGCUUAAGAAGCAAUCGUUGCAUUUACAUACUGAAGGACAAUCUGUAUACCAUCAACUCGAUUGACGUGAAUGUGAAAAAGUUCCCCAGAGUUGUCCUCGUGAGUGUGUGUGAGGACAGCAGUUUAAAGCUGUGGAAUUUCACCGUCAAUUUGGAUGACAUCCAAGGGGGAAAGGAAAGGAAAAAGAGAAAAUUGGAUGACUCUUUUGAGGCCAAGGAGACCUUCCAGAGUAACUUCACCAUUUACCCGCACAAAGUUACGAUAAACGAUGUGGCCAUAUCGCACAGCUCGAAGAUCGUCGCCACCUGCAGCAAGGACAAAACGGUGAAACUGUUCGAGGCCGCAAAUCUAAAGCUGAUGAGAACGCUGGAGGGGCAUAAAAAGCCGGUUCAGAACAUUCAGUUCUCCAAGACGGAUCACAUCCUGUAUAGCAACGCGUACGAUGGCUUGAGGAUUUGGAGCCUGACUACCUUCGAAUGCGUGAAGAGCAUCCAGAGCCUCGACUUUAACCUGACGAAGGUUUUAAUUCUAAAUGAUAACUGCAUGAUUAAUGCUUUCAGCAAUGGGAACAUUAGCAUUGUGAAUAUAAAGAACUGCGAAAGGGUGUCCACUGUAAAUUACCACAAGGACAAAAUAUUUUGCCUCCAAAAUUGCGGAAACGAUACCAUCGCGUCUGCCUCACUUAAUGGAGAGUUCCUCUUCUUAAAAAACGUUAGUGCAAAGGUGUGUACGGAGAACAUGAUGCAAAAGAGGAAACACCUAUUUUAUGAAAACCAGCUGGAAAAUCUGCUAAGUGAAAACAAAACAAACGAAUCUUUGCUCCUAUGUUUGAAGCUCAAUAAGAAAUUUAAAUUCCAAACCGUUAUAGAGACGUAUCUAAAUCGUUACACCUUCUCCAUUUUGCAUCUUUUAAAAAAGUUUGAAUAUGAGUAUGGCAUAAGGAAGAUAACCCAGAGGGGGAGAGAUAGUUCCGUUUCCGUUUCUACGGAGAAGGGCACAAAAGGGGGAGACUCCACUAAUGACACUUCUAACAAUGGGGGAGCGGACACCCAUAGGGGAAGUCACCCGAAUGGAACACUGCAAAGCAACCCAUUCGAUGAUGACCUUAUGGCUGGCAGUAUACAUAACUAUUUGGAAAAUGCAGAUGUGCUGCAAGGUUACAUUUACACGGAGUUGUCAAAAAUGGUACCAAGUGGGUCGAACGAGUCGGAUGGGUGUGAAGAUGGGGCACUUCAGCAGAAUGGGGGAGACGAAGCGGGGGUGGGCCAAACCGAGGGGAGCCGCAUCCAUGACGAGGGGGGUGCCCCCCACCGGGAUGACAACUUCGUGCUGUUUUUAAAACGAAUGAAGGAAAAGAACGAGCACUCCUACUUCCUAUACCUUAACAAGCUGAUGGAAUUCAUUUCCUUCUUCAUCGUGAAUCACAGAUAUGCCUACAUCGCCAAUUUCCUCCUCAACAGCGUAAUCACCUACAUUGACUACGCGGACAUUUGCAAAAUUAACGACUACAAGCGCUUUUUCGAAAUAUACAACAGCUACGCGCCGAGGCACAAGAACAGGUACCUCCAGUCGCUGCAGAAAUCCAAGUGCUUUGAGUUAAUUAACAUUAAUUAUUAUAAGGGGGACAUCAAAAUGGUGGGUUGA